AUACCUCGCUCACCAACCCCUUAAAACAGUUUGUCUUUAUUUGGCUAUCCCGCGCGGCACUGCAAUAUUAAUAUUAUCAUUAUCAACAUCAUCGUCGUCUGACUUUGCUGUCGUCAUCUGAAGAAGAAAAAAUUUAAUUAUGAAUACAUAAGACGAUGAUGAAGGAGAAAAGCUCAUCAAACGCUGGUCGCAGGGGUUGGUGGAAGACGGCUUCCGGUGAAGCUCUGGAAUCUGAAGUUUGCGAGGAGGAUCUCGAGCCGGUGUUCCGAGAGGUCCUUGGGGGAGAGAGAGAGAGCACCGCGGACUUGGUAACACCAAGAGGCGACCCACCUCUGCGUGGUGAUGACACCAAAUUUUUCCUUCUAACUUUUGUCGCGAUUUCUGCCGCUUUCGCCGAGGAUAGAGAGACACUCAAGAGAUAACCAAGAUAUCCGACGAAGAAGACAUACACAAACGCGCAUCUAAGGAAGAAGGAACCACAUGAGUUUCCUAGCAUGGAUUUUAUUGAUAAAAAGAAUCAAUUCUUCACGAGCGUCAGGGAAUAAUCGCAAGCAGCUUGAAUGAGCAUUCGGAUUCAAAGAAAGAAAACAAACUUUCGAGAAUCGAAAUCUGAACUUUUGUGAACUGCCAAUUCAGUCUUUAGGAUGAAGAAAUUCAGGCAGCUGAUCCGGGAAUGCGGGGAGGGGACGGUGAUGUACAAUCACCUGCACAUGAACCUACUCAAGGCCGGGCUGGUGCGCUCCCGCGGAAUGGGAACAGCUGGCCGGGGCCGGGCUCGUGGCAGAGGGCGCAGUCGCGGCAGAGGCCGGGCCAGACACCAGUACGCACCGGGGCCCACUGCUCUGGCUCCCACGACGGCCCUGAACGGUCAGUUGCCGGACACGGCUGACCAGCUCAACCGUUCACACGACGGUCGUGAAGUCAGUGACCCGUCGCGAACUGCGCUGAGCCCACAAAUCCCGGUGGAUAUGGUGAAAAGGGACGACUUCCAACAGGAAACCAAGGAAUAUUACUGUUUGAAUUUAAGCCAAAAUGGGCGGGAAGGCCACCAGAGGGACCGGGACACGAGUCUCCAGUUUCAGCAGAUCAACUUCCAACAAACAUGUCUUCAAGACGGUGCAAAUAGUCCUCUGAACCUGGCAACCCUGAGAAGCACGAUGUUUGUAACACCUCAUCGGCAGUCUGACGGUUGCAACUUAGCCAGAAUAUCUCCAACAACUAAACCCAUUCAGAACGACAUACCGACUUCUCUGACGGACCGAAUCGAUCCUGAAGACCCGCGACAAACAGAUUUAUUCACUUCUCUCGCAGGGCAGUCCAAGCCCUUGUAUAGAUCUGCACCCAACGUCGGUGUCGCCUUCGUAAAGGAAAUUGUAGAUUGCAUCUUCCCUGAAUUGAUCUACCGCCCUCUAGCGGCCGAGGGGAGAGAGUAUUUAGAGGUCACCCCUAGGGAAGCAACGCUCUUACCCGUGAGUGGCUCAAAAGGUCACGGGACGUCGACGACACAAUGUCCGUGCAAUCCCGCCAGAGUCCUCGUAUCACCUGAGGGCAAGGUUGAGUUCCAGGCGGCUUACAAGACGUUGAGCACAGUAGACGCCCUGCCGGUCGGUGGUGGGGGCGCCGACUCCACCCUUUGGCGUAAGAGCGUUUUGGAGUGCGUGCACAGACUCACUGCCCAAGCCGGCUACAAGUUCUGCCCCGGGCUAGGCCUGGGGACGCCGUCUUUAAGAUGUGAAGACAUAGUGACGUCAGAUUUCGGUCUGGGCUUUCGGUCCGCGUCCUGCGAACUUUGGUAUCGCUCGCGGCAGCUUCCAGUCACAGAAACAGCAGACGCCUUAAACUUGACGACCUCAACCUAUCGGUUAGAGGGAGCCGCAAGUGCAUCUUCAGCCAGAAUCCAUGGACACGAGGGAGGUUUAAGCGAUGAGGAAAACGUCGAGUCGACGACAGUAUUUAUUUCAGAGGAGUACGGAGCAUGCGCGCAGUGUUUGGACGUGUUCCAGCGCAAUCUCAGGGAUGGGCGACGCAAGCAGAGAAAUCCUCGAAAAGUGAAACAGCAGUAAAACACUUUUCACGUCAAUACGCAAAACAGCCUUGACACCCAAAACGUCGACAAAUGUCAUAAACCUUGACAAGUACCGUGAUUAGCGAACUGGAAAUUGGCACACCCUUCUAGAAAACAAAUGCAACUGGAAUUUGGACAACAGGACAUGCAGUUUUUAACCGAUAGCAAUAACAGAGAACACUCACAUAAUGAGUGAAAUGAAUUAGAGAAGGAAUGACUAUUGUAUGCAUGUUAAAAACAACUCUCUGUAGAAAACCCGUAAUGCCUUGUUCAAUUAGUACUAGGUCGAUAUAAGCCAUCGAUACUGAAGUGAGUUAAACACAAAAUGUCAUAGAACUACAAUUGAUGUUGGCAUGAAAAAAAGGAGUUAAAGUGAAUUCAAUUGACAGUUUCCAAAUUGCAAUAAAACCAAGGGAGCGAUCUGCGUUGAGACACUCAUUUAUGUUCAAAAUGGUCAGAGUCUACAAUCAUGCCAAGUUCAGCGAUGCCAUGCACGUUCUAUCAAUAUUCCGUUCGAACACUGAAACACACUUCUCGUUGGCUGGUUUCCUUUCACUGACACAAUAGUGAAUCGCCAAAAGAAAAUGGAUGUUUGGGACAAAAUACCAGCAAUAUUUCUGAUAAACUCAGUUGAGAUUUUUUCUGCCCGGAAUGAUAUCGGAGUUCUGCUCAUGCAUAUUGAAAUUGCAUUGGUACGGUACGAACGGUUGAAACUUGAAGGUUAAUUGUGAGACGAUAAUUGUAUUAAAAAAACACUGUAUUGCUUGAACCCUUUGG